AUGUCAACACCCAAUGUCAACACCCAAUGUCCAUGCUGUCGAGUACAUCCAAAUCAGCUCUUCUGUCGAGAGGUCGUCCAUCCCAUACUCACCGUGUCUUUAAUAUUGUGCCACAGCUAA